AUGAAUCACCAGUUUGCUAAGUUUUUAGAGGUAUUCAAAAAGCUCCACAUCAACAUUCCAUUUGCGGAGGCCUUGGCUCAAAUGCCAACUUACAUGAAGUUUAUGAUGGACAUCCUCUCUAAAAAGAGGACGUUGGAGAAUUUUGAAAUAGUCACAUUGACUGAGGAGUUCUUUCAGAGAUUGGGCUUAGGAGAACCAAAGGUCACAACUGUGCUAUUCCAAAUGGCAGAUCAUUCGAUCAAGUAUUCAUGGGGCAUUUUAGAAGACGUGUCAGUAAAAGUGGACAAAUUGAUAUUCCCGGCUAAUUUCAUUGUGCUUGAUAUGGAAGAAGACCAAGAUAUUCCUUUGAUCUUAGGACGACCAUUCUUAGUUACUGGAAAUGCUGUGAUUAAUGUUUUGAAAGGAGAAUUGAGUCUAGAAGUUGAAAAUGAGAAAGUAACUUUCAAUGUGUUCAGUCUACUCAAGGGUCCACGGGAAUCUGAGACUUGUUGCCGGAUGGAUAACAUAAAGAAGACAAUGUGUGAAAAGAACUCUGUCAAGGUUCCAAAGUAG